AUAUAGAAAACGUUUUCAGUAGUAUGGUAUGUUCGUUCUAGCCCAUGUAGUUGGAAUUACAUUUCAUCAGUUGGUGCUUGUGCCAGCCACCUAUUUCGUAGCAACAAGAAAAAACCCUCUCUAUUUCUUCAGCGCCAUUCUUCGACCUUGGCUAACUGUAUUUGCACCACCCAGCACGGCCAUGCGAAUGCCUGAAAUGCUACGAACACUUGAUGUUAAGCUACAUGUUGACACAAGAGUAUCUAAUUUCCGUGUUCCUGUGGGAGCUUCUAUAGAGCGAUUGGGUAGCUGUUUAUUUAUCUGUUUAUCUGCCCUGUUUAUGGUACAGUUAGAAGGAAUCUCAGUCGAUGCAUCUAACAUACUGUUCAUUGGUUUGCUGUCAACUGUGGGAUCUCUAGCAAUACCAGCUGUUCCCAGUGCCAGUAUUGUUUCGCUUCUGAUCGUCCUAUCUUCCGUAGACAUCAAAGUAAACAAUAUAGGUCUUCUUAUGGCAUUGGAGUGGUUCAAUGACCGUAUUCGAUCCACUAGCAACACGUUGACGAUCAUUGUGGGGGCGGUUGUUAUUGACAGACUCUGUCGGUCAAGUCUGAGGUCGGCAUCAAACAACAGUCUUGAAGAAGAUCCCACCAAAGAAUCAGAGAUCAAAGUUAUUGUUGAUAAUGGAUUAAAUACCUCAAAGAUUUAAUAGCAUGCUAUUUUGCAAAAAUUAUUUGAUUACUUUUAUAUGUAAUUAACAAUGUAAACAAUAGUUGUUUUACA